AGCAGUUUCCGCAUGAUAAACACGUGUACGUCCCCACGUCCAAUGGCCCUGCCGGGCCGCCCGCGUGACUGACGCCGGACACUGCCUCAAGGCUUUAAAUUUGUUGCAUCGCUUGAAACGGUGUCCGUCGAACACAUUACAUUGCUUAAACUUGUGUCAGCUUGUUCCUCUCUGUUCUUGGUUAUUUCGAAACCAAGUUUUCCAGGAGGAGGUGCCGUAGAUGGAGUUCUCCGGUCUUCUGCUGCUAUGGAUUUCGGUUACCCUCCCCCUCCUCUUACUCUUCAAAGUAGUAGCAGGACAAAGAUCCCACUCCCAUAGCCGGCUGCCACCGGGACCCAGACCGCUCCCCAUCGCAGGGAGCCUAUUCCAGCUCGGCGACAAGCCCCAUCAGUCGUUGGCCCGGCUCGCAAAGACAUAUGGUCCCCUCAUGACCCUCCGACUUGGCCAAGUAUUCACCAUAGUCGUGUCCUCCCCGGAGAUUGCUAGAGAAGUGCUUCAAAAGAAGGAUGCGGCCUUCUCCGGCCGCUCGGUUGCCGACGCCCUUCGUGCUCUCGGUCAUGCCGAUAUCUCCACCCUAUGGCUGCCACCAUCCAAUCAGUGGCGAAGCCUCCGCAGGAUUUGUAACACAACGCUCUUCAAUUCCCAAACAUUAGACGCCCGCCAGUCCCUCCGGCGACAAAAAAUACAAGAAUUGCUAUCUUAUAUAACUGACCGUUCCCUGAAGGGUUUGCCCGUGGAUAUCGGGCGAGUGGCGUUCACAACGUCGCUCAAUCUGAUGUCUCGCACCAUUUUCUCUGUUGACCUCGUCGAUCUAUACUCCGAGUCCUCCCAAGAAUUCAACGACGUGGUGCAUGGGAUCGUGAAGGAAGUCGGGGGCUCUAACCUCUCAGAUUUCUUCCCACGGCUCGCCCCUAUAGACCCGCAAGGCAGAAGGCGACGCUUGACGGUUCUUUUCAAGAAGCUGCAUGAUAUUUUUGACGAACAGAUCGACCGGCGACUGCAGAGCAAAGCAGAACACCAAACAAACCGCCAGGACGUCUUGGAGGUACUCCUCCAUCUUCAAGUGCAGCAAGAUAGCUUAAAUAUCGACCGACAAGUCAUGAAAGCGUUGUUCGUGGACCUAUUUGUUGCCGGUACCGACACGAACUCGAGCACGGUGGAGUGGGCGAUGACGGAGCUGUUGAGAAACCCUAGGUGCAUGGCGAAGGCCCGCGACGAGGUUGCGAGAGUGAUUGGCCGGGAGAAGGAGGUGGAAGAGUCGGAUAUUGGCCGGCUCCCCUACCUCCGGGCCGUGGUCAAGGAGACCUUUCGACUGCACCCGCCGGCGCCAUUCUUGCUGCCCCGGAAGGUAGAAUCAACGGUGGAGCUGCACGGGUACACCGUGCCGAAGGGCACCCGCGUCCUGGUGAACGUGUGGGCCUACGGCCGGGAUGGGGAGGUGUGGCCGGAACCAAAUGAGUUCAAACCCGAGAGGUUCUUGGACAGGGAUGUGGACUUCCGGGGCCGAGACAUGGAGCUGAUUCCGUUCGGUGCAGGGCGUCGUAUUUGCCCAGGAUUGCCGCUGGCUUUCCGGAUCGUGCAUUUGAUGCUGGCGUCGUUGCUCCAAAAAUUUGAGUGGAAGCUGCCCGAUGGGAUGGGGCCGACUGACGUGGAUAUGACGGAGAACUUUGGGGUCACCUUGGGCAAGGCUGUCCCUCUCCGGGCUAUUGCAAUCUCCAUCGCCUGACGUGUGACACAGCGAGGUGCUUGAAUGUCCACAAUCCAAGAACUCAGCCAGCUCAUAAUCCGGUUCAUAAUUAUUUCUCUGAUUUCAGAGUCGGUUAUGUUGAUUAUGGAUCUACUUUCUUAAAAUAACUAUGUAAAUGUCUACCUUAUUCUUAAUACAAGAGAAGUCCUUCUUAAUACAAGAGAA